GUUGCUGUCGCUAAGGUUGCUCUGACGACAUCAGUGUGCGCCGAGCAGUGCUGACUCUUGUUGCCGGAUGACGAGUGGAGAGCUGCUAUUCUACAUGGCGCUGUUCUACAUUAACAGGUAUCUCGGUGACGAUGAACCUACCAACAGUCUUCACAACGAGUCCCGAUCCCAAACUUUGCUAAAGAAGCUUCAUCAAGAGGCCAAGGUCAGACAGCAACAUCUGGGAAUUAAAUUAGAUGGAGAGGAGAGGAGCAACCAGGGAAUAAAUGAGAAUGAAAGAGUGCAGGACAGAAAGGGGAAAAGAGGAGUGAAAGAAGAGGCAACACAUUCAGAGAAAAGCAGAAAGAAAGCAAAACGACUGUUGAGUGAAUCCAGAGUCAUCAAGGAACAUGGGAGGAAUGCUGACUGCCAAGUACAAAAGCCAGAGAAGAGUGAUGCAGUGUUCAGUACUAAUCAGCUAUACAACAUGAAGGUGAAGAGGAAUGGCGCCAAAGUGAAGAGGAAAUGCAAAAAGGAUCGAGGUACAAAUGAUGCAGAGACAGUGGAUAAAACUUCAAACAAUGGGGCAAGUCCAUUGGACGCUUCUGGAGAACAAAGUGAGACUGAUGAAGAGGAAGGGAAUGGAGAGCUGGAGAAAAAGAAGAAAGGAUUGAAGGAGCAAGAUAAUCAGGGUGAGAACCAAAAGCCAACUGCUCCCAAAUCCAGCUUGACCAUUCUAGAAGGUUUUCAGAAGAAAAAGAUUCAGAAGGUGCAGCGAGUCUUGCCUCAGUGGCUUGCCAAGCCCGUGCUGGUCAACAAAGACAUUAAACAGAAUCUGAAAUCAAUUGAGGAUGUUCCAGGAAUCCAUCAGAAACUGCUUCAGAAGCUUCGAGCCAAUGGUAUCCAUUCCUUCUUCCCAGUUCAGACUGAAGUGAUCCCCACCCUGCUGGAGAGCACAAACCACGGGCUGAUACUGGGCAGAGGGGGCUACAGGCCGAGAGACAUUUGUGUGUCUGCACCAACUGGCAGUGGCAAGACCCUGGCAUUUGUUAUUCCUAUUGUUCAGGCGCUGAUGGAGCGUGUGGUAUGCAGAAUUCGAGCCCUGGUUGUGCUGCCGACCAAGGAACUGGCACAGCAGGUGUGUAAGAUUUUCAGUAGUUAUGUUGAAGGCAUGGGUCUGAAAGUAGUGAUUGUUGCUGGACAGAAACCAUUUGCUGCGGAGCAGAGCUCUCUUGUUGAGCAUACGGUUACUGGCUACUGCAGCUUGGCAGACAUCGUGGUUGCAACUCCAGGACGUCUAGUUGACCACAUUUCCAAAACAGACGGAUUCAAUCUGCAGCAUCUCCGAUACCUGAUAAUUGAUGAGGCGGAUCGAAUGCUUGACAGUAUGCACCAGGAUUGGCUGAACCACGUCGUGAAGGCAGUAUACCAAGUGAAUGAAUGUCCAGCUCCAAGCAAGUUGUUCCAGAGGAUAGAACCAGGAACCUGCACGGCUGCAAGCCACUCCCGUCUGCAGAUGCCCCUGCAGAAACUGCUGUUCUCUGCCACCCUCACCCAAGAUUCUGAGAAACUGCAGCAGUUGGGACUGCACCAGCCUCAGCUUUUCACCUCCAAUUACACACGGUUUGAGCGGGAGCCACACGUGACCCAGAGUGAGCACCGAGAAUCAGUGGACACCGUCGAAAACAAGUACACGUUGCCCGAGGGGCUGACGGAGUUCUAUGUCCCGUGCCACCUCAACAAGAAGCCUCUGAUAAUCCUCUACUUUGUCCUGAGAAUGAAGUUCAGUCAUAUCCUCUGUUUCACCAAUUCCAGAGAGGCAUCGCACAGGUUGUAUCUGUUACUCCAUGCCUUUGGUGGUAUACAAGUGGCAGAAUUUUCUUCCAGACUUUCCCCCAAUGAAAGACAAAAAACACUGAAAGAGUUUGAACAAGGAAAACUCCAAAUACUGAUCAGCACUGAUGCAAGUGCUAGAGGAAUUGAUGUUAAAUGUGUCAGAUGUGUGGUUAAUUAUGAUGCCCCGCAGUUCAUCAGGACCUACAUCCACAGAGUGGGUAGAACUGCUCGAGCUGGGAAAGCUGGGCUAGCAUUCACACUCCUCCUAAAAGUACAGGAACAACAUUUUCUUCAGAUGCUGAGAGAUGCUGGCAGCAAAGAGCUGAAGAAGCAAUUGGUAAGACAGGAAUAUUUGAUUCCAUUGAUCCAGCGCUAUGAAGGGGCUUUGCAAGAGCUUCAGCAGGUUCUUAAGGAUGAAAAGAAGAGGAAAUGUCUCUGAAGAAAGAAACAGGAAGGUUGGAAAUCAUCGGGUUAAAGAAAAUCCGCUGCCCACCUGGAUUUGAGGGGAUCUUGAUUAAAAAAAACUGAUAUUGCCUUUCACAAAAAUAUAUGUUUAUAUAUAAAUAUCUAUUAUAGUUUGUAAUGGUUUCAGCACUCACACUUGUACUGCAAUAAGUUCUCAGUGUUAUUGUAGCUUGUAAUGUUGAUCGGAUGCAGGCUUGGUCUCUGAAUGGAUUUUGUAGCUGGCCUGUAAAACUGUUCAGACCAUCACCUUGGUGGUCGUUGACCAACAUUGCACCAGCAAUUUGUUAGCAUCUGAGAGCCAUACCUUCAAUGGUCUUAAUGCGAUUCCUCUCCCUGGUCCCCUCUAUUGAAUUUUUCAUCCCAUCCUGUUACAAGGAUAUUGACUUACUGUUUUUACGGCCGCUCUUCUCUUCAGCUCAGCUCUUGGGAAAACUCACUGAGGGACCGGGGUGCUGAGACUGAAAUUCCAUAUGAAGGCUUGUUCUCUUGGAAGGGAUUAGUAUGGUAUAGCACCAUGUUUGUUGCUGGGUUUAGAUAUACUGUGGACUGUUGACACUGUUUUCAUUGAAGCCUACUGGAGUGUGUUCGACUGGAACAUGUCUAAAAGAGCCAGGCGAAAUCGUGGAAAAACGAUAGGAGGGGGAACUGGACGGAAGCAGGAAAAAUUAUACUCAAAGCAUAAAAUUGCGUUGUUAAACCUGACUGAUCAAACUACUGCCAUCAAUCAAGAGGAAAGCAAAGUGAAUACUUAACACUGUAGAAGCUGCUUGACUUCAGUAACAAGGAAACCAGGUGCCUUACACAACUCCAUCUAGACGAGUGUAUGAACAGUGACAGUUUGUAGACAGUUCCACUGUGGGAAUCAUCAUCAUCCCUGCUCUUGGUUAACAUGCAGUUUAAAAAAACACGUACAGGGGUAGCAAGCAGGAGUGGGAAUCUGAACCAGAUUUCUAAUCAAUGAAAUGAACAUGGACCCAUGUACUUGAUUUUAUAACUUUUUAAAAUAAAAUAUUUUCAAACUGUGA